CUUCUCUUUUACAUUACUAACAACUAGAACCUUCCAAUUGCUCAAAACAUUAGGGUUUUUGGAAGGGGUUUUAGGGAUAUUAUUGCUCGCAUUCAGAAACCCCCAAUUCUCCUUCCAAAGAUUCAACAUUUCUCAUCGAAGUGCUCCCAAAUGCUUCGCUCCAAUGGCGUUAGGCUCCUCCGAUCGCUGCCCGCUAAAUUCAUCCGUCACGCCGACGCCGAACCUGUAUAUGAAGGAGUGUGCCAAAGGGGUUUUAGGACAUUGAGUUUGGGACGUUGUAAUUUAUCCUGAGUUAUUGGGAACUUAUUUCCAAAAGUUGGAAAUGGUUUUACUUUGAAGAACUGAUUGUUGUAUGGAGCAGCUAAUACAUAUUGGGGGACAUCCAGGUCCAUUCAUGGGUCGGCAUCAUUGGCUAGAGACUAUUAUGAAGUGCUUGGUGUGAGUAAGAAUGCAAGUUCUUCUGAAAUAAAGAAAGCAUACUAUGGGCUUGCAAAGAAGCUCCAUCCAGACACAAACAAAGAUGAUCCUGAAGCUGAAAAGAAGUUUCAAGAAGUUUCAAUCGCAUAUGAGGUUUUGAAGGAUGAGGAAAAGCGUCAACAGUAUGAUCAGAUUGGCCAUAAUGCGUAUGUAAAUCAACAAAGCUCUGGUUUUGGAGGUGAAAGCGGCUUUAAUCCAUUUGAGCAGAUAUUCCGAGAUCAUGAUUUUGUCAAGAGCUUUUUUCAUCAGAAUAUUGGUGGUGAAGAUGUCAAGACUUUUAUUGAACUAUCUUUUAUGGAAGCCGUUCGAGGAUGCACCAAAAAUGUUACAUUUCAAACAGAAGUGCUAUGUAACACUUGUGGUGGGAGUGGUGUUCCUCCUGGGACAAGACCUGAAACUUGUAAGCGCUGUAAAGGGUCAGGAGUGACAUAUGUACAAACUGGCAUAUUUAGGAUGGAGAGUACUUGCGGUACAUGUAAGGGAACUGGAAAAAUUGUAUCGAAUUUCUGUAAGUCAUGCAAAGGGGCAAAGCUUACCAAAGGAACAAAAUCAGUCAAAUUGGAUAUUAUGGCUGGGAUUGACAAUAAUGAAACUAUAAAGGUUUACAGGAGUGGUGGUGCAGAUCCUGAUGGAGAUAACCCUGGUGAUCUUUAUGUUACUAUUAAGGUCAGGGAAGAUCCCGUCUUCCGUAGAGAAGGGUCUGAUAUUCAUGUAGAUGCUGUGUUAAGUAUCACUCAGGCAAUUUUGGGUGGAACGAUUCAGGUCCCAACUCUUACCGGAGAUGUUGUUCUUAAGGUUCGUCCUGGCACCCAACCUGGUCAAAAGGUGGUUUUGAAAAAGAAAGGGAUCAAGGCAAAAAAUUCUUAUACACUUGGGGAUCAAUACGUUCAUUUUAACGUCAGCAUUCCUAACAACCUGACAGAGAGACAGCGUGAAUUGAUUGAAGAGUUUGCCAAGGAAGAGCAAGGGGAUUUUGAUAAACAGAGAGCUGCAUCUGCUUCUGGUUGAAAGGAUUGCAAGAUUUGUCAAGUCAUGCUCAACUAGGCGGGUUUUGAAGUUUUGUAGGAUUAAGGACUGCUAAUUUUGUUUGUCUCUUCCACUUUUUUGAUAUGUAAUAUUUCUCAUCGAAGUGAUGACAAAAUUCAAAAUUUUAAAUUUAGAAGGCAGUCCCCUGUGCUCCUGUAGGCUAGUAUUCUUGUCAGUGUUGUAUAUAUAAAAAUCACUCAACGUGAUUGUUUUACCUACUAUCAUCACAUCACAUAGAGGAACCUUAAUAAUUGGGCCAUGGCUAAACUAUAACAUUUUCUUCACAGUAUUAAACAAUACAUAUUCAUUUGUCCUUG